AUGGGUCUCGGCAAUUCUCGAAAAUGGUACGUACACCAAUCAGAGAAACCAUCAUCAUUUGCUAGACAUAGUGGUCCAGGUGGGGAAAAACACAGGCCAAGCAUUUUUCGACGUCGAAGAUCUAUAACAACAGCACCAGCAGCUAUACCAACAAUGGUUCAACCAAUGGCUCGUCGAGCUCUAUAUGGUUCUUACUCAGCUAUGCGACCAAUGCCACAAAUGCCACAAAUGCCACAGACUUAUACACCAAUGCAACAAAUGUCACCAUCGUAUAUGCCAAUACGUUAUAAUAACUAUGCUUCUCCUUCAUAUAUUCAACCUCAACCUAUGAUGAUGCAACAACAACGAGCAGCACCAGCUAUGCCUCAGUCAUAUAUGGCUCUUCCGUCUCCGUCAAUGUCAACGCCAUACAUGCAACAACCACAAAUACAACCUGCAUAUAAUAAUGCACAAGCUCAGGCUCCUCUACCAGCAAGUAUGUCAGGUGGGACUGGAUCAUAUCCUUUAUCAUAUCCAUCACAACCUGGGAGACUUAUUACAGAUUGGACAGGUGGUGGCAAAAUAUCACCAGGCUUUCUUGGACCACCUAUAUAA